UGCUUCUGUUCUACACGUACAUUAAUGAAUUUCUGUGUUCUAAAUAACUAUACUAGUAUGCAUUUUAAAUAUGCUGUUAUUCUCUACAUGGUGUAUUUGUUUACAUCAGUAUGGGGCAAUGGUCUUAACCAACAACAAUUAGAAAAGUUCAUUGAAUUGUAUAAACAUAAUAAAACUAAUAACGGCUGCAUUGAUCCUGGGAAAAUUGAACAAAUCCUCAUAGAGUUUGAAAUAGAUGAAGAAUCACAAAAAGAGUUAUUUCGAUCUAGCCGACCCACUGCUAAAGAGUUGAUGGAGUUAAUAAUCGUUACGGCAGAACAUUCUAAGACAGAUCACACAAAUAACAAGAUGGUGUUCUGUGCAGAAGAGAUCAGAAAAUUGAUAACUUUCUUCAAAAAACUUGACAAGGACAAAAACGAUAUACUUUCCGGUGAUGAAGCGAAAAAGUUCGUGGAAGAAUUUUUUGUAACAAUGAAUUUAAUUAAUGGUAUAGAAAUAAACGUUGCCCAAUACUUAUUAUUCUUACUUAUCCAAAAGCACCAGACACCAAACGAUAGUUGCUCGUUAGAACAAUUAUUGAAGAUAUGCAAAAUAAUAUAAUUAAAAAAUCGUGUGCCCAAAAAUUUGGCGGCAGCAAUUUUCUACACCUCAAUUUAUGUUUAUGAAUUCACAUAAUUUAGUUCUUAUAAUAUUUAAAGUAUCACGCUUGAAUGUCCA